UUAGGACGAUUAGAAAUUAGAAUAAUUAAUCUUCCUAUGGGAAGUUUUUGGAGGUGCAGCCAUAUGGAAGAGUGAAGACGAUCAUAUCCCAGAUCUCCCAGCUCACAAAGUCUUCAACUUCGACAAGUACGUUGAGAACUCGAAGUUGGUUCCACUGAUUCCCUAUGUUGUGAAGUACAGAAAAAUCACUCGUGUCGAUAAACCCAUGGCGACGGCGGCAAGACCCGGUGGCGGUGUUCCUAAGUCGGAAGCUAUUUCCAAAGGCUACAAUUUCGCUUCUACUUGGGAGCAGAAUGCUCCAUUAACAGAGCAACAACAAGCAGCCAUACAAGCACUUUCCCAUGCAGUUGCCGAGAGACCUUUCCCGCCCAAUUUGGAUCAAGUUUCUGGACAGGAUAAUAAUCUCGCUGUCUCACCAAAGCUCAGUUCUCUGGAAGAUUCAGGGGCCAUUGAAGCAGUCCUAGUGAAUACAAAUCAGUUCUAUAAAUGGUUUGCGGAUCUUGAAGCAGCCAUGAAGUCAGAGACGGAAGAAAAAUAUCAGCAUUAUGUCAACACCUUAACAGAGCAGAUUCUGACCUGCAAUAGUAUACUUCACCAGGUGGAUGAAACACUUGACUUAUUCAAUGAGCUGCAGCUGCAGCAUCAAGCAGUGGCAACAAAGACUAGAACUCUUCAUGAUGCGUGUGAUAGACUGCUUUUGGAGAAGCAGAAAUUAAUUGAGUUUGCAGAAUCACUUCACAAUAAGCUCAAUUACUUCGAUGAAUUGGAGAAUGUUGCAGCCACUUUUUAUUCUCCUAGUAUGAGCGUUGGGAGUACAAAUUUUCUUCCAUUGCUUAAGAGACUUGAUGAGUGUAUCUCAUAUGUUGAGAGUAACCCACAAUAUGCGGAGUGCAGCAUUUAUUUGGUCAAGUUUCGACAACUUCAGUCUCGAGCUCUGGGAAUGAUUCGCUCUCAUGUUCUCUCAGUACUUAGAAGCACUUCUUCUCAGGUUCAGGCUGCAAUACGAAGCAGUGGUGGUAGCAAAACAUCUUUGGCCGAGGGUAUAGAGGCAUCUAUAAUUUAUGUACGCUUCAAGGCUGCAGCAAAUGAGCUCAAGCCUAUCUUGGAGGAAAUUGAAAGCAGAACGCCUAGAAAAGAAUAUAUUCAACUUCUUGAAGAAUGCCACAAACUCUACUGUGAACAGCGCCUUUCAUUGAUAAGAGGUAUAGUGCAACAGCGGAUCUCUGAAUUUUCCAGGAAAGAAGCAUUGCCGUCUUUGAGUAGAUCGGGAUGUGCGUAUUUAAUGCAGGUACAUUCGAAUUACAUCAGUACUGUUCUUAAAAACAUUUUGCACUGGAGAAUGGUAUGA